UUUGGCAUCUUUCUCUCGGGCCACUGCAACCUUGAAGUGGUCCGACACUACUUGUGGUCUGCCACUCAUGAAGCAUGUGAAAAUGAAGCGCAAAGUGAAUAGGAACAAAUUAGAGCCAACGGUCAGGCAACAAGACAUGAGCAUCUGAAGUACUCAAUCCAUCCCAAAUUUGUGCACACCACACACGGGCACUGCGCUAAAGUUAGCACUAGCAGAUCGGCCGGACGACAGUCCUAGCCAGUAGCUAGCUAGCAAUGGUUGACCUUCGUCUCCAGGUCGUCGCCACCGUCCUGGGCAUGGUGGCCCUGGCGGCCGCUGCCGGCGGCAGCAGCUCCAGCGGCAAGCAGUCCGAGUUCCAGGAGGUCACCGUGGACGCCAUCCAUCAGGGCUUCAAGAACGGCAGUCUCACCUCGACGGCGCUCGUCCGGUUCUACCUGGACCAGAUCGCCCGCCUCAACCCGCUACUCCACGCCGUCAUCGAGGUGAACCCGGACGCGCUGGCGCAGGCGGCGCGCGCCGACGCGGAGCGCUCGGCCUCCCGCGGCCGCUGCGCCGUCGGCCUGCACGGAAUCCCCGUCCUCCUCAAGGACAACAUCGCCACGCGCGACAGGCUCAACACCACGGCCGGCUCCCUCGCUCUGCUCGGCUCCGUCGUCAGGCGCGACGCCGGCGUGGUGGCACGCCUCCGCCGCGCCGGCGCCGUCAUCCUCGGCAAGGCUAACCCUUCCGAGUGGUCCAACUUCCGCCCCGUCGAGUCCGGCUGGAGCGCCCGCGGCGGCCAGACGCUGAAUCCAUACGUUCUGUCCGCGACGCCAUGCGGGUCGAGCGCCGGGCCUGGCGUUGCCGCGGCAGCCAACAUGGCAGCGGUGACACUGGGAUCCGAGACCGACGGCUCCAUCCUCUGCCCAUCGUCGUUCAACUCUGUGGUUGGCAUCAAACCAACUGUUGGGUUGACAAGCCGGUCCGGUGUCAUCCCCAUCACUCCUCUUCAAGACACUAUCGGACCAAUGUGUCGUACAGUAUCCGAUGCUGUCCAUGUGUUGGACGUCAUUGUCGGGUAUGACGAGCUUGAUGCUGAAGCCACCGGAGCAGCGUCCAAGUACAUCCCGCACGGGGGAUACACGCAGUUCCUGAGGAUCCAUGGAUUGAAGGGCAAGAGGAUCGGUGUCCUCGAUGUGCUUUUUCAAGGAUACGAUGACAUGCAACUGGCGGUUUACGAGAAGCAUCUCGAUACAAUGAGGCAACAAGGUGCUGUCUUGAUCAAGGAUCUUGACCUUGCAACAAAUUUCACUGAUCUGGGUGAGCAAGAGAUUCUGCUGAUGAAUGCAGAGUUCAAGUUAAGCAUCAAUGCUUAUCUGUCGGACCUACUGUACUCUCCAGUCCGCUCCCUUGCACAGAUCAUAGCCUUCAACGAAGCACAUCCUGUAGAGGAGAGACUGAAAGAUUUUGGGCAGCCGAACCUGAUUGCCGCGGAGGAAACCAAUGGCAUUGGCACCAGGGAGAGAGCUGCCAUCCAGCGGCUCAAGGAGAUCUCAACCAAUGGGUUGGAGAAGCUGAUGAAAGAACACCAGCUGGAUGCAAUUGUUGGGGCCAACUUCCUCAGCUUCCGUGUUCUUGCCAUCGGAGGCUAUCCGGGCAUCGCCGUGCCAGCAGGGUACGACAAGGAAGGAGUCCCCUUUGCGAUAUACUUUGGUGGGCUCAAGGGCUACGAGCCAAGGUUGAUUGAGAUUGCUUAUGCAUUCGAGCAAGCUACCAAAGUCAGAAGACCACCAUCUUUCAAGAGCUAGCUAACAGGAAGUAACUAGCAUGAUGGCAGCUGGCAGGUCAUAUGGAAUUUAAUGGAAAUAAUUCCAGGGGAAGUAAUCACCUUGGAAAAAAAAUAUUGGAGUGUUUUUAUUUGAGCAAUCACUUGAUAUACAAUAGAACGAUUCAUUGUGAGACCAUCCCAUAAUUUUUGGCUGGAUAAACCAAUCUCUCGUUGUUAAGGCAA